AUGAUCGUGUGUAUACGGAAGUCAGGAAUCUGGCCGGGCGAAAGGGUAAGUAAACAGAAUUUCGGGAAGUCCGCGGGCGCGUGGACUCGUCUGGUUUUCGUCGCCGACUGUACCGCCGGCCGCGAUAGGAGCAUGGGCAGGCAACGCCAGUACCGCGCGAGAUCCCGCCCGGUUCGGACGCGUGAUGCAGCGCGCCGCGACACGAUCACACGCUCCCGACAACUCCCGACGCGUACCGACCAAGUGCGAGCGCGGAAUAUCACGGCCGUCCGGCGGCGGUUGUUUCGGCGUUUCCCCCGAAUUUUGAGGUUAGGAGUUUUCGCGCGCACGACACUGCCCGGCUCGCGCGGCCGGCGAGUUUCGCGGUUGCAUAACAAUGCAACGGGCGGCCGCGUGGAAAAUGUCGUGCGCUCGGUGAAAAUCCCCCCGUUUUCGUUACGUUUGGGCCGCGCUUCCACGCGACUCCCUGUGACCGCGUCGCGCCAAGUUUUCGGUCAGAAAGUUCCGCGGCUCAGCGACAUUGCCGUCGCCGAGUUCGCUUCGAAGCUUAAACCGCGGCUCACGUGCGCCGCGAUUUCUAAA